AAACGUUUUGUAUCUACAAGUAUAAAGUGCUGUAGUAGAUGUACAUUUAACAUUUUAGUCAAUACAUAUCCGUGUAAGACGUAGGUCGUUGUAGAUUAGUAAGGUUCAUCAUGUUACGAGUGAUUAGGAAUGGUUUGAAUAAGUUGCAAAAAUUUAGUUAUUCUACCGCCGCUAUUCCUGAAGCAAUACAAAAACCAGAAGUGCUAUACUCAGGGAUAUUUAUAAAUAAUGAAUGGUACAAGUCAAAAUCGGGCAAAACUUUUGAAACUAUUAAUCCAUCUACCGGCGAAGUAAUCACCGAAGUCCAAUAUGCAUCAACAGAAGAUGUAGAUUUAGCAGUAAAAGCGGCAAAUGACGCAUUUAAACUAGGUUCGCCAUGGAGAACAAUGGAUGCGUCAGAAAGAGGCCGUCUGAUAUACAAGUUGGCGGAUCUCCUAGAAAGGGAUGCUGCAUAUAUUUCGAGUUUGGAAACUUUGGAUAAUGGCAAACCAUACGCUAUAAGCUAUGCAGUAGAUUUAGGAACUACAGUUAAGGUUUUGCGGUAUAUGGCCGGUUGGGCAGACAAAAAUGCAGGGCAAACUAUUCCCACGAAUGGCAACAUAUUUAGUUACACGCGGCAUGAACCCGUGGGCGUAUGCGGACAAAUAAUUCCAUGGAACUUCCCCAUGCUGAUGCUUUCGUGGAAAAUUGGGCCUGCUCUUGCAAUGGGCAAUACUGUUGUCUUGAAACCGGCGGAGCAAACUCCUCUUACUGCGCUGUACAUUGCACAAUUAGCUAAAGAGGCCGGAUUUCCACCAGGUGUUUUGAAUGUUGUACCUGGAUAUGGUGAUACAGGGGCUGCUAUUGUUGAACAUCCCAAGGUGGACAAAAUUGCAUUUACUGGAUCUACAGAGGUAGGUUUGAAAAUUCAGCGAGGUUGUGGUUUGAGAAAUUUGAAACGAACUACUUUGGAACUUGGCGGUAAAAGUCCCAACAUUAUCUUGGCAGAUUAUGACAUUGAAAAAGCAGUUCAUUUGGCACAUGAAGGAGUCUUUUUCAAUCAAGGACAAGUGUGCUGUGCUGGAACUAGGGUAUUUAUUGAGGAGUCAAUUUAUGAUGAAUUUGUAGAAAGGUCUGUAGAAAAGGCCAAACAACGAAUUGUUGGCGAUCCAUUCGUGAAAACCACCCAACAGGGACCACAAAUUGAUAAAACACAAAUGGAAAAAAUUCUUAGUUAUGUUGAUAUUGGAGUAAGAGAUGGUGCAAAACUGCUAACUGGUGGUAAGCGAGUCGGCGAUAAAGGAUAUUUUGUGGAACCUACAGUGUUUUCCGAUGUGACUGAUAAUCAUAGACUCGCACGCGAAGAGGUAUUUGGACCUGUACAGCAACUGAUGAAGUUUAAGCGGCUGGAUGACAUUAUUGAAAGAGCUAAUGACACGAAUUAUGGACUUGCUGCUGCUAUUAUGUCAAACGAUAUUGAUAAAGUAAAUUACCUUAUUCAAGGAAUACGCGCUGGUACUAUUUGGGUCAACUGUUAUAAUGUAUUCUCCCCGCAACAGCCAUUUGGUGGAUUUAAGGAUUCUGGACACGGUAGAGAAUUGGGAGAAUAUGGACUUCAGCAAUAUACAGAAGUUAAGACCGUAGUGGUGCAAACACCACAAAAGAAUUCGUAAGAAGUGAUGGAAUUAUUAUGGCUAUAUGCUUUUUACUACAAAUUAAGGA